AAUCUACCAAAAAAUAGCUUGUAGUGUACUGUUAGUGUAAGUUAUAAGCGAUGCGUUUAAAUACAUACUCACGCUGACACUCUAAACUCGUCACUUAGGGAAUACGGUGUACUUUUAUUACGAUGACAGGAAGUGUUUUCCUGUUGUCACUUUCCUCUUGACACAAUCGACAAAAGUUUGCCGAAGCCGAAAAAAACGCUGGGAAAAAUGGAGCGAGGAUAAAUGUUUUUAUCAGUGGUCGUGUGAACGAGAUAAGGAAUAACAGCGACGGACCGCGUUGUGUUUCCUUCUCCGAGAGCGGAUUUCCGAGGGGAGGGAAACAUGUUGCCGAGAGAGGAAAGAACGAAGACCUUCUGGCUCCUCCAUUGAAAGUACUUUUUUACGUUACUCAUGGAGGAAGGAGCAAGUCUGGAGUCAUGAGCACAGCAGGUGUGAAGAAACCUCCAUUAGCGCCCAAGCCUAAACUUCCCGCUGUCGCCAAGCCCUCCCCGCCACCCAUCGCCCCCAAACCGGGCCUGCUCGCCCAGCCCGCCCCCGCCGUCGUCUGCCUGCCUUCCCCCGCCACCCUCAAGAGGACCAAGCCGGCUGUUGCCCCCAAGCCCUGCAUCCUCAAAUCCCCCCCUACAGCGUCGCCGCCGCCCAAACCCGACGCCAUCUCACCUCAGGACCAGGAGGAGGCGCUAGAGGAAGACCUCUCGCUCAUCAGUGCUAAAAAUGGGAUUUUAUCCCAGUCUGUCGAGCCGGAAUUAUGCUACAUUGUUCCCGCCUGCUCAUGCGGGCUGCAGGACCGCGCCCAGUGCCGGCGCCUGGAGAACGGCGUGCGCGAAGCGGACGAGCUAAAGAACGGCCUGCACGAACCAGCGGCGGCAAGCGAGGAGCACGUGUGCCUGGAGAAGAGCGAGGGGGUCGGCAAAAGGCCACGGGACAAGCCUCAGAGACAGAGACACUUGGACAGGCCGGGCAGGGAGGCGCGCGGGAAUGACGGAGACUCGCCCGUCACGGAGGACGCCGAGUUGCGUUGGGCAGACGCCGGCUGUGAUGUUGCAGGCAGCAUCAUCUCCACUCCUCCUGCGCAACGUCUCCACAUGGAAAGCACCUGCGCACACCCGGACUUGGGCGUCCCCGCGGCCCCAAGUAAGCCUCUCCCCGUCCCCCAGCCUCGGAGGGUCAGGAAGCCCGCGCUGGUGAGGCAGGACGGCCUGGAGGCCGGAGUCCAGGAGGAGGAGGAGGAGGAGCAUCAGAAGCCUGAGGAGGACUCCAGUCCCUUUCCUUCCCAGGAAGACUUCAGUCCUGGUGAGGAUGAGCCCAGUGCACCUGUCCCCCCUCCCCGGCAGACCUCCCUCUCGCCUCGCCUCCACAGACCGGCCCGCGUGUCAAAACUCAGCAAAAACACUUCGCACUCCCUAAGUCUGCUCUCCCAGGCCGACCUGAGCCAGGAGGGUGACGGGCAUCGGGAGGCGUGUGGCGAGGAGGAGGACGGCUACGGGGACUUUAAGCGCUACCCCGUCACUCACAGCCUCCCCAAGCAGAUCAAGCUGGGCUGCCCCCCGCCCAUGCUGCACGCCAGGAAAGCCUUCUCCGCCGAGGACCACCCCUCGGCGAAGGCGCCGCCCCGGAAACCUCAGAGACACAGCCUGCCCGCCGCCCCGCCGCCGCCGCCGCCCUCCGUCGGCCCCCCGCCGCCUCCUCACGGCCCCAUGAGGGAUCUGCCCGCGCCCCCGCAGGAGAAGGCCGCCUGGCGCUUCAGCUUUUUCAGCCGCCAGAUGCCCACCAGGAGCAGCGUGCCCGCAAAGAGCCGAGCCCCCCCCGCGCUGGGGGGCAAGCAGAGGGCGCAGUCCUUCUCCGCGGCGGACCUGGCGACCCGCGUGGACCCCCACAAGAGGAGCCUCUCCUUCCGGAAGCUGCUGGAGCUUCGCAUGUCUAUGAAGAUGCUGCCCAAGCUGCUGGCCAAGAGCGGACACUCCCUGGAGUGUCCCAACAUGGAGUCCAAGCGCUGGGGCCAGAACGGCCCCGGGCGGCCCAGCAGCUACAUCGAGGGGCCCGACAUCAGCGGGGACUGCGAUGAGGCGGAGUGCAGCGAUGACGUGGAGUACGAGAACGUUCCGCUGUACGAGGAGAUCCCGGAGUACAUGAACCUGCCCUUCCACGGCGGCAGACUGGGCUGGUCACAUGACCCCGACGGCGCCGACUCAGACAUCUACGAGGCUCAGGACCCCUACCAGAGGUUCCAGGAGGACGACAGCGACUGGCCGAGGAAAGACGUCUACUCCGAGGAAGACGAGGCCCACAGUUCAGAUGACGAGGACAACAGCUCCACCUCCAGCAAGGAGCACAUGGAGGAGGCAGACAGACAGCUGGAGGACGAGACCAAGAGGAAGAAGGUGGUGCACAUCGCCCAGGAGAUCAUGAGCUCGGAGAAAGUCUUUGUGGACGUUCUCAAGCUUCUGCACAUAGACUUUCGGGAUGCGGUUGCCAAGGCAACACGUCAGAACGGAAAGCCAGUGGUAGAUGAGCGCGUCCUCUGUCAGAUCCUGUACUACCUGCCUCAGCUCUACCAGCUCAACAAGGACCUGCUGAGAGAGCUGGAGGAGAGGGUGGCUCACUGGAGCGAGCACCAGCGCCUGUCGGACAUCUUUGUCCAGAAGGGCCCCUACUUGAAGAUGUACUCCACCUACAUCCGGCAGUUUGACAACAACGUGGCGCUCCUGGACGAGCAGUGCAGGAAAAACGCGCCGUUUGCCGCUGUCGUCAAAGACUUUGAGAUGAGUCCUCGCUGUGCCAGUCUGGCUCUGAAGCACUACCUGCUGAAGCCUGUCCAGAGAAUCCCUCAGUACCAGCUGCUGCUCACAGAUUAUUUGAAGAACUUACCCCAGGACUCUGAGGACUACAAGGACACACAAGCGGCUCUCAGCAUCGUGAAGGAAGUCGCCAACCACGCCAACGACAUUAUGAAACAAGGAGACAACUUUCAGAAGCUGAUGCAGAUUCAGUACAGUCUCAACGGCCACCAGGAGAUCGUGCAGCCGGGCAGGGUGUUCCUGAAGGAAGGAACACUCAUGAAGCUCUCACGCAAGGUCAUGCAGCCUCGCGUCUUCUUCCUGUUCAACGACGCCCUCAUGUACACCACACCUGUGCAGUCGGCCCAGUUCAAACUCAACUGCGUGCUCUCCCUAGCUGGGAUGAAGGUGAGUAAGCCCAGCCAGGAGGCCUACCAGAACGAGCUGAACAUCGAGAGCGUGGAGCGCUCCUUCAUCCUGUCUGCAAGCUCGGCGACCGAGAGAGACGAGUGGCUGGAGGCCAUCGCCAAGGCCAUCGACGACCACACCAAGAAGAAAAUAACUUUCAUAUCCAGUCGGAGCCAAGAGGAGGCUGACGACGUGCUGGAGAGCGGGGCCCCUCUGGGUUCCAAGGCUCCCAUCUGGAUCCCGGACCUGAGGGCCACCAUGUGCAUGAUCUGCACCUGCGAGUUCACCCUCACCUGGAGGCGGCAUCACUGUCGAGCCUGUGGCAAGGUGGUGUGUCAGGCCUGCUCCACCAAUAAGUACUACCUGGAGUACCUCAAGAACCAACCAGCGCGGGUGUGUGACCACUGCUUUGCCAAACUGCAGGAGAACAGUGACCGCUGUGCCUCGUCGUCUGUGUCGCCCAUCAAAUCCGGAGCUUUCUCCUUCACGAGAAAACAAAAGAAGAUUCCGGCCGCUCUAAAAGAGGUGUCGGCCAACACGGAAAACUCGUCCAUGAGCGGCUACUUGAACAGGUCAAAGGGCAACAAGAAGCAGUGGAAGAGGCUGUGGUUUGUCAUCAAGAACAAAGUGUUGUACACCUACGCCGCCAGCGAGGAUGUGGCGGCGCUGGAGAGUCAGCCUUUGCUCGGCUUCUUCCUCCGGGAGGAGAAGAACGGACCGGCCCAGAGGAUGCAGUUCAAGCUGUACCAUAAGAACACACUCUUUUACAUCUUUAAAGCCGACGACAUCCCCACCGCGAGGAGAUGGAUCGAAAAGUUUCAGGAGGCCAUGAUUCUCGAACAGUAAUCCACGAGGUCCACAAGUCAAGGAUCACCUGCUCAGGAAGGACUAAAAGGAGUUGGAAGACACCAGACGCCUUUUUGAAAAAGACACGGGUGCUAUUUCUUCUUUCCAAACAUGAUAUCCUUGCCUUGUGAUGCUCAUGGCCCGCCGAUUGAGAUUGUGUCGCAGACCUGUUUGCGGACAUGGACGUGAACGUGUGCCAGGAGGGAUCACAUUGAAGCGAAUGAAGGAAGUGUUCGUUGUUGCGUUUUUGAAUGAAAUACAAGCAGCGUUUUACUGUGAAAAUCAUGCUUGGAUAAAGAAACGGAAAGUUGUUUUUUCUACCCUCAGCUUUGAGACUUUUUUUACUGCCGGUCAAACAGCAUCCUGGAGGAAACUGGAAGGGAAUCAUUUGGCUUGAUACAUUUCAUCCUUUACAGAAUGUUAAGCCACGUCAGAAGUGGAGUGUGGGUAUUUUUGUGUACAUGACAGAGCAACAUUGACCUUUUUAUAAGAUAUUUAUAAUGUAUGAAGAGGCAGUACAAGCUGUCACCUCUUGGUAGUCAGGGUCUGUUGAGUUUCAUCACACCUUUUUUGUGUUUUUUAAACGUGGGAAAGGGAACUUUUUUGUAAUUUUGUUGCACUACUAAUGGAUGUUUUUUGUCCCCGUGCCCUCCAAAGAAAUCGUACCUGUUAUCGUAUUUUUUCUACUAGUGAAACCAACAAUAAUGUUUUACUAUUGAUUGUGCUGCUCUGCAGAAACAAUCCGCACCAGUUCCAGCACGUAAACACAAGAGCUGACGUGCUUUCUGGGAUCACAUUUUUUUAUUGAAUAUUGUCUUUGCAGCUCUUGAUUGAUCAGUGUCAUGCUGAUUUGUAACUUGUCUGGGAAUGAUUGCCAGGAGCUGGGAAUCAUGUGUUAUGAUUGUACAACAACAGUGACAUUUUAUGAUAUCAACAGUGUGGAGGUAGAGUCUCCGAAAAAUAUUAUUACUCUAAACUGUCAGGCAACAGUUUUUAAUAAAAUAU